CGUAGUCUUUGAACGUAAUGUUGAAGUAGUGUUUGACUUUGCCAUACGUGUUCCAUAUCGCUGAAAAGGUAUGCGCUGUUCUCUGCAUGAUUCUAGGCUGGCAAGCAUGGACAAGACAUCUUUGAUAUUCAUAACAGUGGUGUCAGUCUUUGUGCUUCUGAGCGUCUGCAGCAAUAUGUUGGUCAUCUUAGUGAUGUACAAAUGCAGAAAUACUAAGUCCGUCACCAAUAUUUUCAUUGUAAACAUUGCAAUUAGCGACGUUAUUCUUGCCGCGAUUGUUUUACCCCAACAGAUACACGACAUCUCGCACACGAAUGACUUUUACGAAGGUCAAAUCGCCUGCAAGCUUGUUCAUUUCCUGCCCGUGUUUUGCGUCUCCAUUUCAACAUACAGUCUAGUUAUCCUGUCUCAUGAACGUUACCUUGCAAUCGUACAAGUACUAAAGUUAAAGAGUAUAGAAAAUUUAAAACGAACGAGGAAGAACGUUUGCAUAUUGUGGAUUGUCUCCAUGGUAAUAGCCUCUCCUGAGAUUUACGAAUACACAUCAGUGCAUAGAUUGACAUUGAACGAGACGCAUGUGACCAUGUGUGGUUCUUAUAACGCGCCGAGAUGGUUCCAGAUUUCUAAUGCUGUAAUGUUAAUAUCUGUCGUCUACGUCAUUCCGUUGAUCACGAUGGUCAUAAACUAUUGUAGAAUCGUUGUAUAUAUGAUGCAAAAACGCGGGAACGGGUCACAUGUGAUCGGCAAUCAAGUAAAUUGCGCAAUAAAUCGCAAUAAAAUUCGAGUAAUGGAAAUGCUGAUUGUGGUAACGUUUAUGUUUGCCCUAGCAUGGGCACCAUUCUUUGUGCUAUUAGCAUCAACGAAAAUUACAGGAAGGGAUGCUAGUACAGAAGACAGUUCGGUGGAAAACAUGACUAAAAUAUCCUCUGCUGUAUUCAGUACUUCGUAUAAUUUUAUUAUUUAUUUAAUGUACAACAGAACAUUUCGACGGGUUUUAAAAGAAACUCUGUGCGGGAACAAAAUCGAACAAACGACGAAUCGAAUACGAGUAGUCUCUUCUGCGUCAGGAAUGGCGAUGCCACGAAUGAGAUCUGACGGCAAUAACUAA